ACGCAUCCAUUCGUCAGUUUUCGGGCGAACAGGCAGGCGCAGUUUGGUGUUUUAUUGAGCAGACUGCCUAUAAGUGAAAACUGAAAAAUGGCAAAGGUGAUCUCUCACGCCCAGGCGACCAAGGAACAUGUCCUGGCAGUCUCCAGGGACUUCAUUUCCCAGCCCAGGCUCACUUACAAGACUGUGUCUGGUGUAAACGGUCCUCUCGUCAUCUUGGAUGAAGUCAAGUUCCCCAAGUUCUCUGAGAUCGUACAGCUAAAGCUUGCAGAUGGAACCCUUCGUUCUGGUCAGGUACUCGAGGUCAGCGGCUCCAAAGCCGUCGUCCAAGUGUUCGAAGGGACAUCAGGUAUUGACGCGAAGAACACACUCUGCGAGUUCACGGGUGACAUUCUUCGUACACCGGUCUCUGAAGACAUGUUGGGUCGCGUGUUCAACGGUUCCGGCAAACCCAUCGACAAGGGUCCCCCAAUCUUGGCCGAGGACUUCUUGGACAUCCAGGGUCAGCCCAUCAACCCAUGGUCACGUAUCUACCCAGAGGAGAUGAUCCAAACUGGUAUCUCCGCUAUUGAUGUGAUGAACUCUAUUGCCCGUGGUCAGAAGAUCCCCAUCUUCUCGGCCGCCGGUUUGCCUCACAAUGAAAUCGCCGCCCAGAUCUGUAGACAGGCCGGUCUUGUCAAGGUCCCCGGCAAGUCAGUCUUGGACGACCACGAGGACAACUUCGCCAUUGUGUUCGCCGCUAUGGGUGUCAACAUGGAAACGGCCAGAUUCUUCAAGCAGGACUUUGAAGAGAACGGUUCCAUGGAGAACGUGUGUCUCUUCUUGAACUUGGCCAACGAUCCUACCAUCGAGAGAAUUAUUACACCUCGUCUCGCCCUGACCGCCGCCGAGUUCUUGGCUUACCAGUGUGAGAAACACGUGUUGGUCAUUCUGACCGACAUGUCUUCGUAUGCUGAGGCUCUGCGUGAGGUGUCAGCCGCCCGCGAGGAAGUACCCGGACGACGUGGUUUCCCAGGUUACAUGUACACCGAUUUGGCGACCAUCUACGAGCGCGCCGGACGUGUGGAGGGCAGGAACGGAUCCAUCACCCAGAUCCCGAUCUUGACUAUGCCCAACGAUGACAUCACCCAUCCCAUUCCCGAUUUGACCGGUUAUAUUACCGAAGGACAGAUCUACGUGGACAGACAGCUUCACAACCGUCAGAUCUAUCCCCCUGUGAACGUGCUACCUUCCCUCUCCCGUCUCAUGAAGUCCGCCAUUGGCGAGGGCAUGACGAGGAAGGAUCACUCUGACGUUUCCAACCAGCUGUACGCGUGCUACGCUAUCGGCAAGGACGUGCAAGCCAUGAAGGCCGUGGUAGGUGAGGAGGCUCUGACGCCCGACGAUCUGCUAUACCUCGAGUUCCUGACCAAAUUCGAGAAGAACUUCAUCACGCAGGGUAACUACGAGAACCGCACAGUCUUCGAGUCCCUGGACAUCGGCUGGCAGUUGCUGCGUAUCUUCCCCAAGGAGAUGCUGAAACGUAUCCCGGCUUCCACCCUGGCCGAAUUCUACCCGAGAGACUCCCGCCAUUAAGCCUGCAACCUUGGAGUGCUCGUGAAUGUGUUCUGAACUGCCCUCGACAUUAACAAUAAGAUAUUAUAUGAUGUGUUAUAAAUUUGGUGUUCCCGUACCAAUGUCACAGUGCUAUAGACUGAAUGUAAUUUUGAAUUUGAUUACUUUGAUUACUACAAUUAAUUUGAUUACUAAUUGUCUUUAAGAGACCUAAAUAAUUACGGUCAACAGAUACCUUUGCCAAACAUUAUAUAAAGGUAUAAUAUUGUAAUUUUGAAUUUGAUUACUUUGAUUACUUUGAUUACUACUAUUAAUUUGAUUACUUAUUGUCUUUAAGAGACCUAAAUAAGUACGGUCGACAGAUACCUUUGCCAAACAUUCUAAAGGUAUAAUAAUAUUUUGAACAAAUCCAGUUUGUCGUUGGCAUAUUCAGAACAUUAAAACGAUAAAUUGUAAGAUAUAUUGUUUAAUAGUAAGUUGUUAAUAGUUAAUGUUUAUAACAUGUAUUGCGAUCACGUUACAAGAAAAAAAAAUAUUUAAAAUAUUAUAUGUAUUACUUAAAAUAAUAUUUCAAACCAUAAAACGGAAUAUAUAGUAGCGUUUCUUCUGUAUAUAAAUAAAACUAUAGAUUAAAAAAUUAUUCAAACUUUUUUUUUUUGUUGAUAGAGACGCAAUUAAAUAUUUUUGGUGCUUCAUUGUUGUAUUUGCGGUACAUAUAUUGGAUGUGUUCUUUCUUAUAAAUGGUAAUAUUUUAAAAAAAAAACUAUAUGAUAUUAAUGUGAUAUCGCUUAUCCGAGUAACAAUGUGAAGUGUAAUAAUUUUUGUGUAAAUAAAUUUUUGAAAGCCGAUAAAUAAAUAGCCCGGUGUUAGAUACGUAUGUUACAUUCCAUGUUCGCGUCCGCCCCCGUUGUUUGCUAAUGGCGCUCAAAAUGCAUGGAUGAUGUCUUCAAUGGAAAUAAAAACUAAUAGAAAGUU